AUCAUGCCGAUGUUUGUGGUCAACACUAACGUGCCUCGCGCAUCCGUGCCCGACGGGCUGCUCUCUGAGCUUACCCAGCAGCUGGCGCAGGCCACCGGCAAACCGUCCCAGUACAUCGCAGUGCAAGUGAUCCCAGACCAGCUUAUGGCUUUCGGUGGCUCAAGCGACCCUUGUGCGCUCUGCAGCCUGCACAGCAUCGGCAAGAUCGGCGGCGCGCAAAACCGGACCUACACCAAGCUGCUGUGCGGUCUGCUUUCCCAGCGGCUGCACAUCAGCCCCGACAGAGUCUACAUCAACUACUAUGACAUGAAUGCGGCCAACGUGGGAUGGAACAACUCCACUUUCGCCUGAGG